CAAAUUGCGCUCAUACAGUUGCCAUCGUUCAUUUGAAACUGGGAUGAGUGUGCGCAUGCGCGAGGAUAUACGGAUGUGGAGGGCGAUCGCUUGAGAGAUACUAUUUUGAUAAAUAUUAUCAGAGUCUAUUCUACUGGAAUCGAUCAGUAAAAACACUUUAGAUUGAAUUUAUUAUGAACCAUGGGUACGGUAUAGUGUUUAUGUCUCAUCAAUAGGGUGCCUUUUCAAUUUCUAGCAAGUUCCUUAAGGUCCUUAAGCGAAUAACAAAAGUUCAGAAAAGUCAGAAACAGCAGUAAGAACAAUCAAACAGAGAGACAACAGGAAGAUUUCAGAAGUUGUUGUAUAUAUCACUGWAUACAAUAAAGCCUCACAUAAAAUCGAUCAAGAAACGUCGCAAUCUGAAAGCUCCUCUUUACCUCUAUCCUCGUUAGCUCACUGUCGCCAUAGCAACACUUUGARGCUCUUCAAUUAUAAGCAUUAUUUUGAGCUCUUAAAAGUGUUUCGUGCUGAUCWUUUCUCAACGAAACAUUGCGAAAUAUUCAAGUUGCUGGAGACUGUUCAAGCUAUCAAAAUCCAAUGACGUCACCGGUUGACCAGGGUUGUUUGGAUAGUAUCAAGACAGCUGAACACUGGCUCGUAGUUAAUCGAUAAUUUAUUCCAAAUAACUAUUUUACUUGGGUCAUUACUUUACGAGGCCUCUACUGGCGGAAGGUACAACAGUCGCUUUGUCACUGUUACAAACUUCGCAGCUCGUCGACAGCGUUGGCACAAUAGUCACCAAUUCACCGCUUUAUAAUAAUCCAUCACGAUGACUGAUCUAUUUAGCUGCUCGAGAAAAGAACCCAUCGAAGAUUUUUACACCAUAGGAAGAGAACUAGGACGUGGGGCUUCUUCGGUGGUGAAGUUUUGCGAGCAAAAGGGCACAAAGAACAGCUAUGCAGUCAAAGUCAUGAAAAAGAACGUGGACAGAAAGAUUAUUAACACAGAAAUUGGAAUUCUUCUAAGACUCAAACAUCCUAAUAUUAUUCAACUAAAGGAAAUCUUUGAGUCUAAGACACAGUUGUUCAUGGUGCUUGAGUUGGUUACUGGUGGUGAACUUUUUGAAAGGGUUGUGGAAAGAGGAUUUUACAGUGAAAAAGAUGCUGCCGAAGCAGUCAGACAAAUCGUGGAAGCAGUUGCAUAUCUACACAGUAAUGAUAUAAUUCAUAGGGACUUGAAGCCGGAAAAUCUUCUCUAYGCCGACACAACCGACUCUUGUCCGUUGAAAAUAGCCGACUUCGGUCUCUCAAAAAUGCUCCUUGGCGACUUUGGAACGAGCACUGUUUGUGGAACACCGGGAUAUUGUGCGCCCGAAGUUCUCCUUGGGAAAAAGUAUGAUACCAUGGUAGAUAUGUGGGCAGUGGGUGUCAUAGCAUAUAUUCUACUUUGUGGAUUUGAACCGUUCUUCGAUGACCGUGGUGAUCAAGCAAUGUUUCAAAGAAUUCUCAAGUGUGAUUAUGAGUUCAUGACUCCAUGGUGGGAUGAAGUAUCUGAUAGUGCUAAGGACCUAGUAUCAAAACUGAUUGUUCUAGAUCCCAGCAAGCGUCUUUCGGCUAAGCAAGCUCUUCAACAUCCUUGGGUUAAGGGAGACAACGCCAAACGAGAAGACAUGGAAAAAGCACGCGAAAAGUUAAAGGAAUUCAAUGCAAAGAGAAAACUAAAGGGAGGRAUGAUAGGUGUAAUGGCUGUAGCCGGUAAAGGUCUUAAAAAGCAACCAACACAAUAGUUUCUUAUGGCAAAGUUAGCUUAUUAAAGAGUCAUUUUAUGGAGAUUGAAUCCGGCAAAAAGGGCAGCGAAUGACGUCACUUUGUAAGUUACUAGGAAUGCYUGGGGCCUAGUGAAAGUGAAGUUGUAAAGUUCGUUGUUGACCGGUUCAUAAAACUCUCGCAGCCAUAUGUCCUGUUGGGCUUCAUUGAUAAGAAAGAAUAGGAAAGUGUUUUUUCUUGAAUAUCGUGGAUAAAAUUAKAUUCAAAAACAUUUCUUUUCUAUUUAGUUCAUUUAUAGAUGUAUUGUAUGAAGUCAGUGUAAUGAAACUAGUAAAAAUGGAAUAGCGAAAGAGACUCAGUGUGUUAGAUAUUAAUUUAGAUCUUUCAAGUUAAUUCAAUAUCACUUGUAUAGURAUUAUGAAAAAUAGUAAAAUAGCAUCAAUCUCCA